UAGACUGUAAAACCAAGUGUGAGUCCAGCAGAGACAUUAUUGGACAGAAAACAUCUGAACAGUAAAAAUGAGCGGAAGAGGAAAAGGCGGCAAAGGUCUCGGUAAAGGAGGCGCCAAGCGUCACCGUAAAGUUCUCCGUGAUAACAUCCAGGGAAUCACGAAGCCCGCUAUCCGCCGUCUGGCUCGCCGUGGCGGAGUCAAGCGUAUCUCCGGUCUGAUCUACGAGGAGACCCGCGGCGUGUUGAAGGUUUUCCUGGAGAACGUCAUCCGUGAUGCCGUCACCUACACCGAGCACGCUAAGAGGAAGACCGUCACCGCCAUGGAUGUGGUCUAUGCGCUCAAGAGGCAGGGACGCACUCUCUAUGGCUUCGGAGGUUAAACUACACAAUCCUUCAUCCAACAAAAAACACAAAGGUCCUUUUAAGGGCCACACAUCUCUUCAAGAUAAAGACACGUUCCUUGUUUUCUUGUGUCAACUAUUAUAAAACACCGAAGCCUCAAAUGCAUCACUCAUUUUCUUAACAGUGUAAACGUAAAAGGUGAAUGUUAAGACAAAGCUGGAUGAAGACCCUAUCGAUUCUACACUGGGAUGGCCGAUAGGGGCUUUGAUAUCGAUCAGACAUCCAAUAAGUGCAGGACUAGGAU